AUGGAAAGUGCCGAGGAGUUGGACUUUGAUCUGUACGACUCCGUGAGCUGUAGAAAGAUUAUGAAUCAAUGCAGAGAUCGCGGCCAUAGUAAAAAGGACAAUCAACGACGGGCUCGGGAUGACCUGGAUGCUCCAUCACCGUGUACGCUGGACCAGACAGGAUUAUUGGCGCACCAAUUAGCAGAUCCUCACAUAAAGCUUCUGUGGAAUGAAAGCGUGGAUAUAAGCGAAAUGGUUGGCAUCGAGCAAAGCGAUAUGCUAAGACUGCGUAUUAUGCUUGGCAUAGAGAAAAUUUCAACCGAGUCUCUUUCGCGGUACAACGUUCGUGGUCACGUGGAUAGUUACGAUCAACCAGCAAUAAUAUAUCCGAGGUAUGAAUAUCAGAUUAUAUGA